AUGAUUUCAACAAUCGGCACAACAACAAUUCAAACAACUACAGCACCAAACUCGCUAGUUAUGAAUCCAACAUCUAUGUUAGUAGAGAUGAAAAACUUCAUUCCUUCUUCAUAUACUUUCGAAACAAAAAUCCAGAAGAUAAAGCAAGAACUUUUAACAAGUAAUUUAGACUGUAGUGCGAAAGAUGAAACAAAUGAACAGUAUCUUUAUGAAAUGCAGGACAUUAUUGACCAUUUACCCAAAUUGCCUGAAAUCCAACAACAAAAACUAACCAUUCCCGAAUUUGACGAAAUAGAAGUCAAAGCAACUGACUCAGUAGAAAUAAAGAAGUUCAUACGAAAGGUAA